AGCCCGCGCCGGUGGUGAAUGCAAGUGAGAAAUUCAACUGCGUGAUCUGUGAAGCAGCCAGGCGGAGGCGGCGGUACCAGCCUUUGAAAGAAUUUCGCCUCGUAUUUGACAUCCAAGCGGACACAAGGUGACUGGGGAACAAGAAGAGAGCCUUGAUGUGGGCAGUAUGAGUAAGACGCCCCCUAACAGAAGAGGGAUAACAUUUGAGGUGGGAGCUCAGCUCGAGGCCAGAGAUAGCCUCAAAAACUGGUAUGCUGCCAACAUAGAAAAGAUUGAUUACGACGAUGAGAAAGUACUAAUUCAUUACCGUCAGUGGAGUCAUCGUUAUGACGAGUGGUUUGAGUGGACAAGUCCCUACCUGAGACCCGUAGAGAGGGUCUCACUGAGGCGUCAAGGCUUGCAGGACGACGCUCCCGUGCCUGGUUUUCAAGUCAAUGACAAGGUCCUGGCAAGCUGGUCUGACUGCCGUUUCUAUCCUGCAAAAGUCAUCUCGGUCAAUAAAGAUGUGUCUUAUACUGUGAAGUUCUUUGAUGGCGUCAUCCAGACAGUGAAAGGAAUACACGUGAAACCUUUUAUUAAAGAGAGAGGCGCGGGAAAGUCUCGCAGUUCGGAGAGAAACAUGGUUCGGAGAGUCCCGAACCGCAAAGACCGGAGACCUCCGGUGAACGGUGAGUCGCGGAACAAGAGGGCCCGACGCAGCACCUCCGACCAGGAGAACGACAGUAACAGCGAAGAGGAGGAGCGGGAAGUGAGGAUGGUGAACGGCAAAAGCAAGAGAGCAAAUGGUAAAAUGGAGGCCUCGCCCGCGCUGAAACAGGCUGAAGAGAAAUCGGGGCAGUCGGAGCAGAAGAAGCCCGCUGCUGCAGAAGACGGCGGCAGCCUACUUACAAAUGGCGCCAAGGACUGUCAUGACGACAAAUGUCAUGAAAAUGGAGAUGUAAAACAGGAAGAGGAGGAAGUGGAAAUGGAGGCCAAGCCACACAGUGACUCAGCCAAGCCAUACACGGAAGUGCCCGAUCAACCGGAGCAGACGCCCACCGAAUCCAAUGGAGAUUUGGAGCAGAAACCAAACGUAAAGUCCGAGAGGUUGCAGCCUGAUGUGACCUCACCGCCUCAGCCUGUCAAGCCUGUGAGGAAGCAGGGAUUCCACAACCCCAACAGAUUUAGCAGAGAACCACUGUACAGGGUGAUCAAAAACCAGCCUCCCCCCGUACUUUCCAUCAACCUCGACCACAACCCCUUCAAAUGCAGCGUCGCCGGCUGCGCCAAGUCCUUCCGCAAGGCCAAGCUGCUGCAUUACCAUAUGAAAUACUACCAUGGCGAGGAGCAGCCUCCGGAGGCAGAGUGCAGCCCCACGAGAAGCAGCCACGGCAGGUCGGCAGAGAAACAGGCCACGUGCGGCGCUUUGGAUGGCCCAAAGAGAAGACGAACCGUUUCUGCUUCAAUGCACACAGUAGCUGCCGCUGCGGCUACUCGGGGCGAAGUGAAGGCUGCAGGCAGACGCACUUCGGCUCCCUCUGCAGUAGGGACACAUGGCCAUCAGCAGAGGGUGCUGCUAAGGGAGAAGAGCAAGGAGAACCAGCUUGGCAGCAACGGAUGCCAGCCGCACGAUCAAGACUCAGACAAGCGUGGCUUUGACGGUGGUCCAGUCAAAGAUAGACCAAAAGAAAAACUCAAACAGAAGGACUUCCUUCGCAUUAAGCUUAAGAAGAGGAAGAAAAAGAAGACAGCUCAGUCCGACUGCACAGAUACUGAGGAGAAUUUUGACUUCUCAGUAUUGUGCCCUCCACCCAAAUUGCAAUUGCCAUUCAAAUAUGCCCCCUCACACAAUUACAAGCGUGAGGCCUACCGCUGCAGGCCUGGAUACAGCGACUCGGUGCAGAUAAAUGUGGAUGAUGAUGAUAGCUUCAGUGACUGGUCCACUGACAGCUGUGGGUGGAGCGACGAGGACUACGGUGUGGAUGUGGACGUGACAAGUCCCCCUUUGAGCAUGGACUGUGGCGCUGAUGGCAACGACCAAGAGAUCGUACGGUGCAUCUGCGAAGUGGAAGAGGAGAAUGACUUCAUGAUCCAGUGUGAAGACUGUCUGUGCUGGCAGCAUGGCACGUGCAUGGGCUUGCUGGAAGACAAUGUCCCAGAUAGAUAUGCUUGUUAUAUUUGCAGAGACCCUCCAGGCCAGAGGCAGAGUCUGCGCUACUGGUAUGAUCGCGAAUGGUUGAGCAACGGCCACAUGUACGGCCUGUCCUUCUUGGAAGAAAAUUACUCCCACCAAAACGCCAAGAAGAUCACCACCACACACCAGCUGCUUGGAGAUGUGCACCAUGUGGUGGAGAUUCUCAAUGGACUGCAGCUGAAGAUGAACAUUUUACAGAACAACACGCAUCCUGACCUGAAGCUGUGGCGGCAACCUUGGAAGAGAGUUGCUCGGCCACCAAGUUGCUCAGACUCUUAUCGGGGCAGCAAUGCGGCUCCCUCUCCUGUCACGCCUGAUGAGGACAUGAGUCGGGGCGAAAUCUUGAUGUCCAACGCCCUAGAAAAGCUGAGCCGGGCAGCCGCCACCGCCUCGUCCUCGUCCAGCUCCUCGUUCCCGUUCCCGUCGUUCCAGGACUCGUACAUCAUCAGUGAACACUGUUACCAAAAACCACGAGCCUACUACCCAGCCGUGGAGCAGAGACUGGUGGUGGAGACCCGGCAAGGGUCUGAGCUCGAGGACAGCAUGCGGAGCACCGAAGAACUACUGGAGCGCGAGCAGCGCUUCGGCGGCCUGCUGGAGACGGACAAGCCCAAAUCCGUCAGCAUGAGCAACAAGGCUACAUCUGGGGGCUCUUGGCCUGGCGUUGAAAUAAAGAGCGAGGUUUGGAGUCAUCCUGAAGAGUCUUCAGAUAACUGCAAGACACAACAACAGUGGCAGCUCAACUUGCUGGAUCACAUAGACGCCGUUCAAGAUGAGGUCUCGCACAGGAUGGACUUCAUUGAGCGAGAGUUGGACGUGCUUGAGAGCUGGUUGGACUACACAGGGGAACUGGAGCCUCCUGAGCCGCUGGCCCGUCUGCCUCAGCUCAAACACCGCAUGAAGCGGCUGAUGUCGCAGCUGGGAAAGGUGCAUCAGCUCACCCUGUUGAGCUCCACAUGAGGGCGCCACGGAACAGCAGUGGUUGGAUUUUCACGGAGUUUGCCAGCAAGACUUGAUUUGUCUGCAGCCGCUUCUCCUUCCUUUAAGGGUUUUGUGUGGUGAAUUCAGAUGCUACAGCCACUGACAUCCUUGUAUGGAAAGUCAGCAUUAUGAAUCAGGAUUAAACACAAUGAGUAACCUCGUACCCCUGCAGGAGAAAGUCCGUUGGACCAGAUUACACAAUGGUUCCAAUGCAACUUGAUGGUCGAUGCCUUUUGUCUGCCUGUACGGCUAAAGGUGGCUUGUAAUUCUCUCAGUGCAUAGUGCAUUACACACAAGCUUUAUAUUCAGCUUGCAGUUAAGUUCCGUAAACAAAUAUGAAAAUAUUUUUGGACAUGUUUAAAUAUGCGUUUCCAGUCGUGCUUUUUAACUGUCUCCUUUCCCGUUAAAAGGCUUGAUCUCGACGACACCCAGUAUGUAAUGGCACUUUACAACCAGUCUUGACAAACUGACUUUCUUUUCUUCUACAUUGUGAAGUUGUUUUUGUCUUCAAUCUUAAGUUUGUUUUUCAGCUUUUGAAAUGAAAUGAAAUGGAAAGCGUGAUUAUUGUUGCGUGUUGAAUGGUUGCGCUUCCCUCCAGUUAGUGUGCCACUUUUGUUUACUUUUUUAUUUGUUUGUCACAGUAUUCCUCACUACCACUGUCUCUGCAUUAUUGUUGCUGUACCACUUGACGGUCCACUGAAGACUUGUCCCCGACUGGAUCUUGUACUGUUGCCCAUGACAAAUACGGUUUUGAUGAGAUGAAAUUGUCUUCUACUUUCAAUUUGUUACACUUGUUUCUUUACAGUACUUUGUAAAUAUGUCCAUCUAAAUGUGCUUUUCUUUCCUGAAAAUAUUCUCUACACAGAUGUCCUACGCUACUGUACUGUCUGGCAUAGAGCAGGGAAAAUGUUGAACGAUGCAAAGAAAUCUGCUGGUACAUAAAUAAACCAUCAUUAGUAACCAUGUCAA